AUGCAUGUUUAUCAGCCUUGUGGAAGUUUCCAUUUUAUCAUUGUUAUCAUUUUCACGGUUAUUCCUCUACGGAAAGCAGAUUUAUGGACCGAAACAGAACGAAUGAGCAACUUGCAACAGUGGCGUACUUUAUGCGCUCGAUACACAGUUCCACUAGCUUACAUGAAAGAUUCAAAUGCGCCUAUCACUGUUUUUGCCCCGGUUAAUGAUGUCUUUACCUACAAUCCGGAUAUUCGUGCUUUAAGCCAAAAGGAAGUCCUUGCUCAUAUAGUGGAUACACAAGUUUAUGAACUUGGUGAGAACCGAAAAUGGGAUAAACAAACACUUAUCCGAAGUACGGUCAGUAGCGGGUACAUGUACAUAACACAGUUUGUAAAUAAUCCCGGAAAUUAUUCCUACUUUGCAAAUAAUGGGAUGCUCUGCAAUCAUGCUAGCAAUGAAUGGGGUAUCAUCAGUGGUCAGCAAUAUCUGUUUAAAAUCUGUACACCAAUUGGACAUCGACCAUAUCCGGGAACCGCACUUUCGUUUAUAAGAGAUAAAGAAAAGAUGUCUUUCUUUGAUCGGCCUUAUAAUAAUCAUGACCUCAGUGAGUUGAGGGAUGUGCUCGAUCGCGUGCCGGAUAUUGCGUUGGCAAUUUUCGGCAGUUCGGCAUGGAAUGGCUUUCAUACUUUCUUUUUACCUACAAAUCAAGCAUUUUUUAAGGUAAUAGAUCGCAAUCGUUUAGACCGUGAAGUAUUACUGGCUCAUGUAACAGGUAUAAACAGGGUACUCUUUACUUAUCCAUGGCUUUAUGAUCGGGGUAUACACUACUAUCCAUCGCUACGUUUUUCUGCUAAUGUUAUUGAGGAUAAUUAUGAUUUAAGAUUAUGCAUGCGGAAUAUUACCGAUCAUCGAACCGGACGAUGGGAUCUUUACGCGGUCUCUGAAGUACACGAACGGUAUGGACAAUUUCGUCGUGGUGCAGUUUGGGCUAAAAUUCUGGUACCAAAUAUUCCAGUUCAAAAUGGCGUAGUCCAUAUCGUUGAUAAUGUUCUUGGCAUUGUUACCAAUACUAUCGACCAGCUCAUCAUGGAUAACAAUCGUUGCACAACUUUGAUUCGUUAUAUAAGUAUGAUUGGACAAAUAGUUCGCAAUUAUUUUUCUGCAACUGGUGGUAUGGUGACAUUUUUUGCGCCGUACAAUGAAGCAUUUGAACGAAUCCCUGAAUAUAUUGAAAGAAGACUUCUGAGAGAUCGCAUCUGGCUUGAAAAGGUCCUUAAACUUCAUAUAGUUCCUAAUAAGGAGUUGACUAGUAAUGAAAUCACUAAUGAAACGGUUGUGAACACAGUCGAUAACAUACAUCAGCUAUAUUUUAUCCGAGGUGAAUGGCCAAGAAAUAAUAUCACUUACUAUGUUAUUGGCGGUGGUGUGCGAGCAGCAAUUAUGAUGGAUAAUGUCGCAGCCGUGAACGGUAUCGUGAAUUAUAUCGAUCGUGUACUUGGAGUACCAUACCAAACAUUAUAUGAAGUUAUGCAAAAUGACUCCAGGCUUCAGAUAUCUUAUUCAAUGCUUCAAAAUCUGCAAUUGCGAUAUUCCUUGGAUCCGUGGCAAGUUCUAACACCCCAACAAAAUUUCACAUUUUUCGUGCCAACCAAUGAAGCUUGGGAUAAGGUAUCAACUUCACAGAAAUACAAAAUGACAGAUGGUAAACAUUGGUUAGCAUUGCAGUACGUCUUUAAGCGGCAUAUUAUUCAAGGCCUUGCACUUAUGUACACUGAUCUAAGGGAGCGAACUUAUGUAAUGAUGAACGAUGAAAAAGUGGUGAUACGCCGAAGAGGACGUUUUUUCGAACUUUAUUGGCCUCGUGGUAACCGUGUUGCACGCAUAAUUCCAGGCGGUGAAAAAGCUGGAAUCAAUGGUUUUAUGCAUAUGAUCGAUAACGUACUGAUCUACGAGCGCGAUCUAGAAGCUCUGGCUUGUUCGGCUCUAAACUUAACACAUUUUUUGCUAAUCUCAUUUUUAAUGUACAUCGUAUUCCUUUGA